AUGUCAGUAGAAGCACCCGUCACAUUGGUUAGCCCGGAGAAGGGCUACGCCAAUGACGAUGAGAUUGAGAAGAAGAUGGGAUCAGACUCAGGGGAGGCCGGUCCCGAAAAAAUUGGCCAGGAGCAGGAGGUUCUAGGUGUUCUCGACCUUGAUCCUGCGUUAAACAAAAAGAUGCACAUUGUAAACAACACACUUGACGAAAUUGGAUGGACACCAUAUCACUGGAAAUUGUUUUUUCUUAACGGCUUUGGAUAUUCUGUGGAUGCCUUGCAACUUUCAUUACAAGGAAUCAUUGCUGGACAGGCAGUUUUUGAGUUCAGUCCUUCUUACGUUAGAGGCUUAACUAUCGCGGUGUAUGUUGGGAUGUUUGUUGGAGCACUGUUCUGGGGUUUCAGCGCUGAUAUCAUUGGUCGUAAAACCUCUUUUAACGUGUCGCUCUUUAUAUGCGCAAUCUUCACAAUCGUUGCUGGCGCAUCACCGAAUUGGGAAUCACUUGGGUUUUUCAUUGCUACCUCAGCAUUUGGUGCUGGUGGCAAUUUGGUUUUGGACACCACGGUCUUCUUGGAGUACUUGCCUUCCAACAAGCAAUGGCUAGUAACCUGGCUUGCUUCAUGGUUUGGGGUCGGUUGUACUGUUGCAGGUUUGGUCGCUUGGGGCUUCAUGCCAAAUUACAGCUGCUCUGACCCAAAUGUGGCGCCCUUUACUCCUUGCACGAAGGCUAAUAACAGCGGCUGGAGAUAUCUAAUGUACACCAUGGGGACCAUGAUCUUUCUCAUGAGUAUGGCCCGAAUAACAGUUAUUCGUCUAAGGGAAACUCCUAAGUUCCUUCUCGGGCAAGGUAAGGAUGCGGAACUAGUUCACAACUUCCAAGAAAUAGCUGAAAAAUACAACCGGCCAUGCUCGAUUACGCUAGAACAGCUUGAGGCAUGCGGAACCAUAAGUUCAGCACACUCGCGAUCGAAGUUCUCAGUUGGGGAAUUCUGGAUUCACAUCCGAAAUUUGUUUAUAACAAAGAAGAUUGCGUUCUCUACGCUACUUAUUUGGCUCUCCUGGGCCAUGAUUGGCCUCGCAUAUCCUUUAUUCAAUGUCUUUCUGCCUUCGUAUCUCGCCAGUCGGGGCGUGGAAUUCGGGGUUACAAGUACGUACGAAACUUGGAGGAAUUAUGCGCUGGUCCAAGUUUGCGGUAUUUUCGGGCCCAUGUUAGCCGGCCAUAUGGCAAACUGGGCACCACUAGGACGAAGAUACACUAUGAUCAUUGGGGCUGUUCUUACCAUGGCUUUCUUUUUCGCCUAUUCCCAAGUCACUUCACAGGCUCAGAAUAUCGCCUAUAGUUAUGUGAUCUCCUUCACACUUGAGAUAUAUUACGGGACGCUCUAUGGAUACACGGUGGAAGUGCUUCCAUCUGCUCACAGAGGCACCGGAAAUGGAAUUGCAGUGGCCUUUUGCAGGUUCAUGGGAGCGAUGUCUGCUGUUAUUGCUACAGUUGCUAAUACGGAAACCGCGGGACCCAUUUUUAUUUGUGGUGCACUGUAUGGUGGUAUGGCUCUAUGUGCGUUCCUGUCCCCAUUUGAACCUUACGGCAAACGAGCUUCAUAG